AUGGAUAUUCUCUUGUCAAGCUAUCUGCAUGAUGAGAGAGCACGCACUUCCAUCGUUGAGCCAAAUAUCCAGCACAGGCUUGCUCUAACUCAAGCCUGGGACAUCGCCCAAGGCUCUAGAGUGCUCGACAUCGGAUGUGGCCAAGGCGAAUCGAGCCUAGUUCUCGCAUUGAUCAACGGUUCUCAUGGUCAAAUUACAGCCAUCGACACGGCCCCGCCUGAUUACGGUGGACCAUAUACCGUCGAAAAAUCGCAGAAGCACAUCCAGGCGUCCACGCUAGGGCAGCGUAUCCAGUUUUUCCGCACCGACACGGCCGGUCUGCUUUCCCAACCCACGAGCACCGAUACAUUUGAUGCGGCCGUACUGUGCCACACUUUGUGGUAUUCUCCCGACCAUGCGAGCAUUGCCCAGGUCUUCCAGCUUCUAGCCGAUGCGAAAGUACGCUAUCUGUGCCUGGCGGAGUACGGAUUUCGCGCCUCGCGACCCGCACAAGUCCCACAUAUUCUGGCUGCGCGAGCGCAAGCCCAGUACCAUUCCCUACGCAAGUCCGCCGCGACAGGGGCGAGGGAGCCCAACGUAAACAAUUAG